AUGGACAACUCAGGCAAAACCAAAGUUUGUCUUCUUCAAUGCAGCCUCCAUCCAAUGGCCUAUCAACUAUGGAAAACUAUGGGACAUAUUUAUAUCUUCCAGUUAGAUACACAGAAAUGAGUGAGGUUGCUGGAGUUUCAACCAGGAAUGAAGUUGUUGCUCAAAAGGGCUGUUCACUUAGUCCUUUGAGUAUGUAAUUAUACUGAACAAAAAUCCAAACGCAGCAUGCAACAAUUUCAACAAUUUUUACUGAGUUACAGUUCAUAAAAAGAAAUCAGUCAAUUUAAAUAAAUAAAUUAGCCCCUAAUCUAUGGAUUUCACUUGACUUGGCAGGGGCACAGCCAUGGGUGGGCCUGGGAGGGCAUAGGCCCAUCCACUUGCGAGCCAGGCCCACACAUGGUGGAGCCAGACCCAACCAAUCAGAAUGAGUUUUUCCCCACAAAAGGGAUUUAUUACAGACAGAAAUACUCUGCAGUUUCAUCAGCUGUCCGGGUGGCUGGUCUCAGACGAUCCCGCAGGUGAAGAAGCCAGAUGUGGAGGACCUGGGCUGACAUGGUUACAUGUGGUCUGCGGUUGUGAGGCCGGUUGGACAUUCGACCAAAUUCUCAAAACGACCUUGGAGAGAAUGGUAGAGAAUUGAACAUUCAAUUCUCUGGCAGCAGCUCUGUUGGACAUUCCUGCAGUCAGCAUGCCAAUUGCACGCUCCCUCAAAACUUGAGACAUCUGUGGCACUGUGUUGUGUGACAAAACUGGACAUCUUAGAGUGGCAUUUUAUUGUCCCCAGCACAAGGUGCACCUGUGUAAUGAUCAUGCUGUUUAAUCAGCUUCUUGAUAAGCCACACCUGUCAGGUGGAUGGAUGGAUUAUCUUGGCAAAGGAGAAAUGCUCACUAACAUAAAUCUAAACAAAUUUGUGCACAACAUUUGAGAGGAAUAAGCUUUCUGUGCGUAUGGAAAAUGUUCUGGAAUCUUUGAUUUCAGCUCAUGAAACAUGGGACAAACGCUUUACAUGUUGCGUUUAAUAUGUGUGUUCAGCGUAGUGUAUAUAUGACACAACACUGUCAGAGAAAGCAUACAUCAUCCUGUAACUGAGUAAAACGUGCUCAGUAGGAAAUCCAUUGUCCGUCGCUAACAUAGAAGAUGAAAGGAUAGGUUACACUGAUCCUGGUACAGCUUUAAACCACAUGUCUAAAGCCUUGUUUACACCUGGUGCUAACAUGAGUCAUUUGUCCUGAUCUUAUACACAUUCUGCCCACACUGUAGCCAUUGUAUUUUGUAUUUUAUUUAACUAGGCAAGUCAGUUAAGAACAAAUUCUUAUUUACAAUCACGGCCUACACCGGCCAAACCCGGACGACGCUGGGCCAAUUGUGCGCCGCCCCUAUGGGACUCACAAUCGCGGCCGGUUGUGAUACAGCCUGGAAUCGAACCAGGGGGGGUCUGUAGUGACGCCUCAAGCACUGGAGACGCAGCGCCUUAGACCGCUGCGCCACUCGGGAGCCCAAUCAUACAUUGAUGUCUAUGGUUGAAAACUCUAGUCAAGUUUCACCCGUUACAAUUCGUGGAUCAACUGAUGUUAUUGAUUGUCUAGGUGGGAGUCCACGCCCUAUGGUUUCUCAGGCCUAGUUUUGAAAAGGAAAGACGGAAAACCUGCAGACUGCAGACCAUCUACACGUGGUAGUAAAAUAUGUCUCAUAUCUGUCCACUGAGUCUGCAUUGUGACCAGAUAUCCUGGUCACUCCCUGUAUACAAGUUAUUUGGUAGAUAUUCUUUCCAAAUAAUAUUUAUUUAUUUUAAGGUCUGACAUUCUCCUGUAGAAUUCUCUGAUACAGAGCAUAAUUCAUGGUUCCUUCUAUUAAGGCAAGUCGUCCAGGUCCUGAGGCAGAAAAGCAUCCCCAAACCAUCACACCAGCACCACCAUGCUUGACCUUUGGUAUGAUGUUCUUACUGUGGAAUGCAGUGUUUGGUUUUCGACGUGAGAGACUGAUCAACAACUACAGGAAGCAUUUGGUUGCAGUCAUUGCAGGGAAAGGUGGCACAACCAGUUAUUGAGUGUAAGGGGGAAAUUACUUUUUCACACAGGGGAAUUGGGUGUUGCAUAACUUUGUUUAUGAAAUAAAUAUGUAAUUGUUGUGUUAUUUGUUCACUUAUGUUCCCUUUAUCUAAUAUUAGGUUUUGGUUGAAGAUCUGAUAACAUUCAGUAUCACAAAUAUGCAAAAGUAGAGAAAAAUAGAAAAGGGGGCAAAUACUUUUUCAUAGCACUGUAUAUAUCACGGUGUCAAGGCAUAUGAACUAACAGGUUAUAGAGCAAACAUUUUACAUUACAUUGACAUUUUAGUCAUUUAGCAGACGCUCUUAUCCAGAGCGACGCAUAAAUCUUUUUCAUAUGAAUAUGUAAAAGACUGCCAACCAUACAGAAAUGCUUACAAUGUUUUGACAUGAAAGCAUGUAUCUGUAUGUCAUUGCCGUGUUGUAGGAGUUUGGACAAGUUUGAUAAUUAAAUCACACAUUAAAACAUUUGAUCAUUCCUCAACCUAGCUUAUCAAUAACAACUGGUUAUAUGGUGGGUGAACUUAAAUUAAAAAUUACAGAUCCUUUGCUAGUCUUAGGAUGCCUCAAAUAGGAUCCUAUUCACUUUAUAGUGCACUACUUUUGACAAAAAGCCCUACGUAAGCCCUUGGUCAAAAGUAGUGCACUAUUAUAUAAGGAAUAGGGAUUGAUUUUCACCCCAUUCGUAGGGUGCCUGGUGUGGUAUAAUUACUUAACCGUGACUCAGCAGACAACAGGAUAGCAAACAAAACACAUUUUUUUCUGGCUUGGCUUCCCCAGUGAUUUUACCCACGCUUUGACCUUAGAGGAAUGCUGGUGAAGCUUGUUGAACUUCUUCCAUAGAAGAUGUAUGGUAUGCACACACACUCAAUAAUGUAAUAUUUGGUUCGUUGACAUUGUUGAAUGAUGGCAACUUGGAUUAACAUCCCAACCAUUGUGCCUGGGGCAUGUUGACACAUUUGUUUUGCAAAUAACUUAUGGUUGAAGAACUGGGUGAAGCUUGGUGAACCUUUUUACAGAGAAUAGGUCUCAACAAUAGCAGUCUGGUCAGGUUACAUUCAUUAAUUAAAAACCAGCUAUGAUUGGCACACCAACCUUUGUGCCAUGGGCACGUUUUCUGCGUUUUGAAGUUGUGUAUUGACUGCAAUUAAGUUCACUUCCUGGGCUGACACACCUUUUGAUUGAAGGACCCUGGGACUAAACUCCUCCCUCUGCAACUGGAUCCUGGACUUCCUGAUGGGCCGUCCCCAGGUGGUAAGGGUAGGCAACAACACAUCUGCCACGCUGAUCCUCAACACUGGGUGUGAUGAGUGUGAUAGAAGGAGUCAGGCACAGGAGGGUAAAUGUCUCCCGAGUGGCGCAGUGGUCUAAGGCACUGCAUCGCAGUGCUAACUGUGCCACUAGAGAUCCUGGUUCGAAUCCAGGCUCUGUUGCAGCCGGCUGCGACCGGGAGACCCAUGGGGCGGGGCACAAUUGGCCCAGUGUCGUCCAGGGUAGGGGAGGGAAUUGGCCGUCAGGGAUGUAGCUCAGUUGAUAGAGCAUGGUGUUUGCAACGCCAGGGUUGUGGGUUUGAUUCCCACGGGGGGCCAGUAUAAAAAAAAAAAAAAAUGUAUUCACUAACUGUAAGUCGCUCUGGAUAAGAGCGUCUGCUAAAUGACUAAAAUGUAAAUCACCGAAUACAGAGUUUAUUCCGUCGUACACAAUUGCGCUGGAUAGCGACAACAGAAAACAGGCACAGGGGAAACUAUCUACCCUGGCAAUACAAGGUACGAGUAGCUCCACUACUCUCACAAUAAACAAUCACCCACAAGGACAAGGGGGCAGAGGGAACACUUAUACACAGACUAAUGAGGGGAUAUGAACCAGGUGUGUGUAAUUGACAAGACAAAUGUAAUGAUGAGAUAUGGAGCGGCAGUGGCUAGUAAGCCGGUGACGAUGAACGCCGAAGCCUGCCCGAACAAGGAGGGGAGGCAGCCUCGGCGGAUGUCGUGACACUGGGGCCCCUCAGGAGUGCGUGCUUAGUCCCCUCCUGUACUCCCUGUUCACCCAUGACUGCGUGGCCAAGCAAGACUCCAACACCAUCAUUAAGUUUGCUGAUGACACAACAGUGGCAGACCUGAUCAUCGACAACGAUGAGACAGCCUAUAGGGAGGAGGUCAGAGACCUGGCAGUGUGAUGCCAGGACAACAACCUCUCCCUCAAUGUGAGCAAGACAAAGGAGCUGAUCGUGGACUAUAGGAAAAGGAGGGCCGAACAGUCCCCAAUUAACAUUGACGGGGCUGAAGUGGAGCGGGUCGAGAGUUUCAAGUUCCUGGGUGUCCACAUCACUAACAAACUAUCAUGGUCCAAACACACCAAGACAGUUGUGAAGAGGGCACAACAUCACCUUUUCCCCCUCAGGAGACUGAAAAGAUUUGGCAUGGGUCCCCAGAUCCUCAAAAAGUUAUACAGCUGCACCAUCGAGAGCAUCCUGACCAGUUGCAUCACCACCUGGUAUGGCAACUGCUCGGCAUCUGACAUUAAGGCGCUACAGAGGGUAAUACGUACGGCCCAGUACAUCACUGGGGCCAAGCUUCCUGCCAUCCAGGACCUCUAUACUAGGCGGUGUCAGAGGAAGGCCCAAAAAAUGGUCAAAGACUCCAGUCACCCAAGUCAUAGAUUGUUCUCUCUGCUACCACACGGCAAGCGGCACCUGAGCGCCAAGUCUAUGACCAAAAGGCUCCUUAACAGCUUCUACCCCCAAGCCAUAAGACUGCUGAAGAAUUAAUCAAAUGGCCUAUUUACAUUUGUUUUUACACUGCUGCUACUCGCUGUUUAUUAUCUAUGCAUAGUCACUUUACAAAUUACCUCGACUAACCUGUACCCCUGCACAUUGACAUGGUACCGGUACCCCCUGUAUAUAGCCUCGCUAUUGUUAUGUAAUUUUCUUGUGUUACUUUUUAUUUUUAUUUUUUACUUUAGUUUAUUUAGUAAAUAUUUUCUGAACUCUAUUUCUUGAACUGCAAUGUUGGUUAAGGGCUUGUAAGUAAGCAUUUCACGGUAAGGUCUACACCUGUUGUAUUCGGCGCGUGUGACAAAUAAACAUUGAUUUGAUUUGAUUUGAAAAAGAACUGAGUGAACGUGAACCAAGCCGCCUGGAGAAGCAAUAGGCACUGGUACCAGUGAGUGAGCAGCCAUCACCCUGUACUCCAUAUCAGCAGUGUUGAGCUGCCUCACCCCUUCAGAACUGCUCAACAUUAACUGUCUCCAGCCUUUCACCCAAGACUGCUCGAUAGGCUACAUGCACGUUGACGUAAACAACGCGGGGAUCAAUAAUGAAGGUGGACAGAUAUGCACAAAUACCAACAACGACUAAUCUCUCAAAUCAAUCUCAGAUCAAAUCCAUCACGGAUCAAACUCAAUAAAAAAAGGAGUCUCCUUUUCGUAAAAAUGAAAGGUCUGCUAAUCAAACGAAGGAUAAGAAAAUAGCAGGCAGCAGAUCCGGCAGAUCCGGCAGAUCCGGCAUUAGACUUGCAUGUGUUGAACAAUAGAACAUUUGGAUUCUGAUGCCGAUUUAUAUAAUGUCCUUCCUUAGAGCAUAUCAUAUUCAUAAAGCGCAGCGUGUGAGUGCUGAUCUAAGGUCCCCCUAUCCAUUCAUUAUGUGAGUGCUGAUUAUAAGGUCCCCCUAUCCAUUCAUUAUGUGAGUGCUGAUUAUAAGAUCAGGUCCCCCUAUCCAUUCAUUAUGUGAGUGCUGAUUAUAAGGUCCCCCUAUCCAUUCAUUAUGUGAGUGCUGAUUAUAAGGUCCCCCUAUCCAUUCAUUAUGUGAGUGCUGAUUAUAAGGUCCCCCUAUCCAUUCAUUAUGUGAGUGCUGAUUAUAAGGUCCCCCUAUCCAUUCAUUAUGUGAGUGCUGAUUAUAAGGUCCCCCUAUCCAUUCAUUAUGUGAGUGCUGAUUAUAAGGUCCCCCUAUCCAUUCAUUAUAUAAUCUAAAAAGGCAAAACUGAUUCUAGAUCAGCACUUCUUCUUGCUUUAUGAAUAUGGGCCCUGGAUUCAAUGCUUUGCUGACAUGUUUCAAAGAGGCCCUGAGAACACAUCUUUUUAUUAUCAACAUGGCAGUCUCAUACGUUCAUACUUUGUGCUCACUUCAAUUCUGCUAUGUAACAGUUUCAAGGUCUGAGGUUGAUCAGGUAGGUAGGAACUGGCUGGCUGACCGAUGACAUUAGGACAGUGGACAUCACCGUGCUGUCAUCCCAGUGACCCAGCACCUGAACAGGGUGCUUUGUUCCCCGAGGUUCCCGGGCAGGAGGCACCGAUGACAGGCCGCAGACAGCCCUCUGAAUGCCCCCAUUUAGGGAUCCAUGGAUCUGUUGCCCCCUUGCUUUGUCAGACGGUGACAAGGGUCGUGAUAGCCUCUGUCCCUGGUGUUAUGUCAGCCUUCUAGGAUGACUGCUCUUUUUUUGCCGUUGUCUCUCGCUCAGAGAUUUUUACCUCUCCGUGUUAUUUUUCUGCAAUCGGCUCGACUCUUAGCUGACUAAGCUGAUCCGGGCCAUAGUGAGAUCCGGUCAGGCCGCCCCUGGACUCCCUCUCGGCCCUGUCCAGGGACAGAAGGGCAUCCCCAUCGGCCAGUACUGCAAGGACUUCAACGAGAAGACCAAAGAGCUCAAGGAAGGAAUCCCUCUGCCCAUCAAGAUCCACGUUAAGCCUGACAGGAAAUGUCUUACUUCCUCAAGCAGGCGGCUGGCAUCCAGAGAGGGGCCAGAAAAACAGGCCAUGAGACAGCUGGGAUGGUGUCUGUGAAGACUGUGUAUGAGAUCGCUCAGGUCAAGGCCCCGGACAAGCCUUCAAGAAGCAGAACGCUUCCCUAG